AUGAAAGGUGCAGUUCUUGAAGUAGUUCUUGUUAGUGCACAAGGCGUCGACCGAGCCAUCAUCCUUGGGCAUCCCGACUAUUAUGUUGUUGUCGAAUGCGGCAAGCAAAUCUGCAGAAGCAAGAGCUCAUCAGGAAAAUUGGACAAAAUCUACUGGAACGAAAAGUUUACAUUCCAACUGCUGCCAUCAGAAGUAGAAACUGUGACACACCUCAAGCUUAGGAUUCUGAAAGAGAGAUUUUUCUUGGAUGCCAAAUUUGUCGGCGAAACCAUGAUUUUCCUGAGACGAAUAAUCGUGGAAGGAAACGAGCACGGGGGAGGGUGGAUAGAGGUGAGGCCAGCGGCGUUCAAUGUGGAGCUCAAAGAUGAGACAUACAGAGGACAGAUAACAGUGGCGAUGAAGUUCAUUCCCAAUGUUGAUAUAAAUCCCAAGAGGAGUAGUGAUGGAUACACGGCGGCCUCGGUGCACAAGAUGGCGCGGCAGAUGAUUGCGCAUUGGUGGAGGCUCUUAACUUCUUGUGGUUGUGGGUCAAACCCUUGUAGAUCAAACGGUGAGACAUCGUCCGUACAAGGGUUAGGUCUUGAGUUCGAUCCUGAGUGCAUGUGUUUACGCCAAACUUCUUGUGGUUGUGGGGAUAAAGAGCUUCUAAGGCAGCGUCACAAAGAAUCCUAG